CUAUGAAAAAAUAAUACAAAUAUACAGCAAAUCAGUUUUUGAUACACACGCUCUACUCCCAGUGGAUUAAAACGCAAAAAUCAAUAAUUCGGAUUAGCGGCCUGUGUGAGGAUACAAACUGAAAAGACUCCCUGAAAAUGUAUUAGAACCGAGCAAUUAAACUCAAAACCGUGCUUACUAAAACUAGUCGAAGAGUGCAAUCGACAGUGCAAAAAUUUGUGCAAAAAGCCACUUAAAGUUCGAAACAGCGAAAGAAACACAAAACGCGUGCCACAAUGGCGGCGCGUUGCUCUUCCGAGCUGCAGUUGCAGCGGGGGCACUCGCAUAACCGAACAACACGCGAUUUCGAUACAAUGCCCCGAAUAAACCCGCGUAUUUCGUCCACUCGCUCGAAAAAUAUCGUGUCGCAUUUCUUCCAUACGCCACCUUCAUUGCCCCGCUUCUACAUGUUGGCCGUCAUUAUCAGCGCGCUGCUCAUGCAUAUUUCCAAUACGCAAGCGCAUUUGACCGCAACUGCCAACGGCGAAGGCAUGUCGCAUGCGGUUGGUAUUUCGGCGGCAAAUGCUGCGCGCAUGUUAGCUGGCAGCGGUGGCACAACCGGCAGUGAGUACUCCCUUGUACUGCCGCAUGAUACCUAUCCCGGUUUUAGUAUUAAGCGAUUCAAGACCAUGCCAGUGAACGAUACGACCUCAUCGGUGACAAAAACUUCCUCAUCGGCAUCGACAUCCGUUGGCGCUUAUCACAUGCUUGCCGGUGAUUACUCCAAAUAUUUUACAGUACUCGACGAUGGUGUGGUUAUGACUACAUCCGAUAUAUCCCCACUAGUUAAUCGCCCGGUGAAUCUCGUUGUGGUCGAGGAGACACCUAGCGCCACCAAUACACAUAAUUUACAGUUGUUUGUUAUGCAUCGCAGCGAUAUGUUGCGCUUCCCAGGCACUAUGCUGGAUGCAAGUGGGGAGGUGCGUGAGAAUCGCCCCACAGGCACACGUGUACGUGGCAUACCAUUAAUGCAGGCAUUGAGUGGCGAUGCUGCUGUUGAAAAUAAUACCGGUGCGCCCAAGAAGGUGCGUUACACCAUCAUCGACGGCAAUGAUGAUGAGGCGUUUGCACUGCAGACGCGUAAGUCUACGAAAGAAAGCGCUAUGAAUGUAGAAUCCAUCACGGUUGAUAGUGAUGGUGAGGCUGGUGUGUGGUUGGUCACCAAUCGACCAUUGGAUCGUGAAACGAAAGCACACUAUGACUUAUCGGUACAGGCCUCAGACAUAGAUGAACUCGAUAAGAUCAUAUCGAAAAUUCAGGUGACUGUACUGGACGAAAAUGAUAACCACCCUAUAUUCAAAUCCACCGAAUACAAAUUCGCUAUUGCCGGUCAGAAGAGCACCGGCUUAGAGGGCAACACAACAACCACUUGGAAACGCUUCAGCAUACUGGGUAAGGUGGAAGCCACUGACGCGGAUGGCGAUAAGAUCGCUUAUAGACUAAGUGCGCCAAAUAAUAUUGUCAUCAUUGUGCCACAAACUGGCGAAAUUAUGUUGGCUGAUCAGCCUGACGCCUCGGAAUUGCUCAUCGAGGUCGAAGCGCAUGACUUACGCUAUCCCAGUUUGGUGAGCAAGCAACCGGCUAAAGUAUUGCUAGAGUUUUUAGCGCCAGAACCGGUUUCGUUUAUAAUGCAACACUUGGAGCACGAUGCCAUCAAUGAGCAUUCACACCAUCGCGAGAAGCGUCGGGUAACGCGCGCGGUACGCCCGACUAAACGCAUCGAGUUUACCGAAGCCGAUGGCGAUACCGAAGGUAAAUCCGUCUUCCAGUUGGAAAAAGAGACCGAUAAGGAAACUUUUAAAAUACGCGAUGACAAUCCGUGGGUGACAGUCGAAACAAAUGGCGCGGUGCGUGUGAAAAAGAAGUGGGACUACGAAGAGCUGGGUCCAGAGAAAACAAUUGAUUUUUGGGUGAUCAUCACGAACACUGGACAACAUGGUGAGUGUUACUAA